UUAUUUUGUUUUUAUUUUAAGUUUGACGUCUGUUUUGUGGGGAUAUAAAAGCCAGAUGCCGGAGCACCGACGAUUGGACGAUGGGCACAGAUAAUGUUUUUAAUUUAGAUAGUAUAAAUGUAAAUAGAUUUAUGUAAAUAUUAAGCGCUGGAUUUGUUGUUUUUAAAAUUAACUAUUUUUAUAACAAGAGAGAGGAUUUUUUUUUAUUUAUACACCGCAAAAUUGUGAAUACGUAAUUAUAUAUAUUGAAGAUCAGUAUGUAUACAAAGAAAACUGUGAUGAAUUUUGGACUCUUUUACCUUGUGUCCAUAAUUGCUAUAGUGUUGUCUCGAAAUGAUCCAAAAAAUGACCCAAGGAACAGCAGCGACCUUACUUUAUGGAUUGAUGAAAAACAAGUAAAAAUGUUUAGUGGGGUUUCAAUGGAAAUCUAUGCAAUAUCAAACGGAUAUGUCCUGUCCCAUAUUCUUGACCCCAAUUUUGAAAAUCACCUUCCAGUAAUCCCUUCGGAAGUAAGCUAUGUAAAUUUUACUUGGAAAGCUGGGAACAAGAAGUAUAACUACAACUUUGACAGGCUGCAGUCUUACGACACAAGCAUUUUGGAGUCACCAGUAAUUUCAAUUAAAACAAAGGGCAGAGUCCCUAAAAGACCUAAAGAAUUCAGUAUAUUCUUGCCUUGUUUAGGAAACAGUUCAGGAAUUGCUAGGUUUGAAAUUGGAUUGCUAAUAGAGACUAGGAAGGGCAAACCUCUUACUGGCACUCCUCUCAGAUUAAAGCUUAAGAAAGAGUGCUCAUUAUCAAGGAGAAGUCCAGAUCCAGAAUGUGAUAAGAAAUGUGCUAAUCAAGGGUGGUGCAAUACAGAGAAAAUAUGUCAGUGCCCAGAAGGUUAUAUGGGGCAGUAUUGUAAGACUGCUUUAUGCUACCCUCAGUGCAUGAAUGGAGGUAAUUGUACUUCACCUGGGGUUUGCAGCUGUCCUCCUGGGUUUCAGGGUACCCAUUGUGAAGGGGGUAUCUGCAGUCAAAAGUGCCUAAAUGGUGGCAAAUGUGUUCAAAAAGAUACAUGCGAAUGCUCAAAGGGCUACUACGGCCCACGAUGCGAAUACUCGCGCUGUAUCACCCUCUGCCUAAACGGCGGUCGUUGUAGGGGCGUAAACAAGUGUAAAUGCUUAAGAGGAUUCAGGGGUGACCACUGUGAAAUCGGUAGGGCGAAGCCUGCGAGGGCUGCUUGCAGCUUAAAUUGCAGACAUGGCUCGUGCGCCCCCGAUGGUGAACCGGCUUGCGUUUGUGAGAAGGGGUGGCAUGGCAGAUUAUGCCAACACGCAACAACGAUGUAACAAUAUAAUCCGAAAUCGCUCAAUAUUAUUGCUGUGUGAUGAUCAAUAAAGCAUUUUAUUAAUUAAA